GCUGAUGCAGAAAACUACUAUAAAAGAAACUUGUGUCUCUCCCAUCUACUGGCUUGGCAUCACCAUGUCCAACAGAUCAGGAAAGGGGAAAAAGAUGAAGUGAAGGCAGUGAGACAUCACUACUUGAAAGUUUUGAAGAAAGAAUGGCUGCAUUGAAGCAGUUUGUGAAACUACAAAAGGAAAAACGUGUGCUACACAUUCGAGCUGAGAAACAUUUCAAUAAAAAACUUCACCGAAUGGCAUGGACAGGAUGGAGAAAAUACAUGGAACAAGUUAAAAAGAUCAAAGAUUCUGCAGAAACAAAGUAUAGAGCCAAAUGUGCUCAAACUUUGAGGUGGUGUUUUUUUAUUUGGCGUGAGAACAGCAAAACUCUUUCAAGCGACAGACGACAUAAACAAGAAGCAGUUGUCUAUUUCAGCCGUCAGCUUCUUACAAAAAUUAUGCAGACAUGGCACAGAUAUGCAGCUAUACAUGCCUACAAAAAGUCACAGACUCGAGAGAUGGUUUCAGAAGCCAAGAAGAGUCUAAGAACAUGCACCUUACGCAUCUAUCUAAAAUGUUGGCUGCAAGCACGAGACAGAGCUAUAACUGAAGGUGUUAAGACAAAACAUGCCAUUGUACACUACAACAGUAAACUGAUGUUGGCAACAUUUUGUCAGUGGCGAAUCUGGCAUUCUCAAAAUAUAAGAAAACAUCUACUUUGUCAACAAAGCAUUAAAUUUUUCUCUGUGAGAAUAACAGCCAAGUAUUUUUUUCUGUGGAGACGCCAACUGAACUCUGCAGAAAAAGAAAAACAUAAGAAUAAUCUGGCUCUGUGGCACUGGAGCCUAGUCCUGCAGAAAAAGGUGCUUAUUGCCUGGUACAGCUACAAAAAGAAAUGUUGUCAUAAGCAACAGCGUUUUGUGAUGGCCAUGGAAAAGCGGAGGUUGCGUUUGUUACAAAAUGGUGCAUCUCAGUGGUUGAGAGUGGCUGGAGCAAUGGCUGAUAUGAGAGCUCGCUUUGCAUCACAGCAGCAAGUCCAAAGUGCAUCCAAUCUUUUCCAAAGAGUGCAUCACUUUGCCAUACGCUGGAAGCUGUGGGCAGCAAAACAGGCCUCUCUGCGUAGGCAGCUACAGCAGAAGCACGAGUCUAGAAAAGCUCAUUUUUCCUCUGCUGUUCCGCUUUCUGUUUUCACUGCCUCACCACGAGGUGUAAGCUAUCAAUCCUCAAAGCCGAGAAUGGACUGCACCACUGCAGCAGAUAGGAGCUUGUUUGAAGAUUUAUCACACCCAAAAUCAAUGGCGAUAUCACCAAGUCAGCUGAUAAAGGUUCCAGGAACUUGUGACAUAUCAGCACCAGUUAGAGUCUACAAGACAGAAGCCAUACCUGUGCGAGUAAGGCCUAAACCUCGUCGGCCUACUUUCCUGGUGGAGUCAUUGAAGAAAGCAGGGCUAUUGACCAGCAUUAGGGAAUUGACAAGUUUAGACGAUGGUGAGCCCCAGUUUCAUACCAACAUUACAGAAAAGGAUGUGGAGUACAAGAUAAAUCAACAUCCCAAGAACAGUUUAGAGGACAGUGCUUCACAGCAGCCAGCUGACACCAUUUCCACCAACACUCCACAAUCACAGCCAUGCAGAGAUUCUCGUAGUCAGUCAUCCUUUUUACAUGCAGAGGACUCAAACAGGCAGUUAGCUGAAGACAUCAGCAUCAGUGCCAGAACAGCCUUUGGUUGGAUGUCUUCAGACGAAGACAUAUUGUGUGGGAAUCUUCUGCAUAGAACAGACGACACUUCUCCUGCAAAGGUUAAUGCUAGUUCAUUGCUAACAUCACCUGACGCAGCAGGUUUCUCCAGAGAGGUCCUUAUGAAACCUGAAGAUUUCUUAAAAAAGAAAGAUGGCACAUCCUUUCCUUUGGAGUUUCUAAAAACACCUGAAGCAGAUCAGGUGACAAAGGGAGUAGAACCGGUUGCAAGCAACUCUUCUUUAGCACUAAUUUUCCCAUCUAGCUCUUCCAGCUGUGCGGAGCACAGGGAUUGGGACAACAGGAAUUGUAUUAAGGAUGCUCAAGUAAAUGGACCUUUUGAGAAAGAACCACAAAAACUGCCAGGCAUUUUUACGGCAAGAGGUAGGGAUGGUGACACAGAAGAUUCUCCAUCACACACAGCAAGUGGAAAAAGUGCUGUCACUUUUGCCAGUUGCACACUAAAUAUUACUGAUGAGCUUUGUCAGAUUCGGGAUCACCUUCGAAAGUUCAAACAGCAGAAAAAGAAACUUCGGGAGCUUGAGCGACAUCAGGAGCACUUAGCAUCAUGGCUAAAUGGCAAGGAUCUGUCAGAUGCUGAUAGGAAAGAAGUGUUUAUGGAACUUGCCUCAAUCCAAAAGGAAGUAGCAGACUUUCGUGUGGUUGUGUCCAGCCAGCGCACAGCAUGUGAACAAAUGGUGGCUCGAGCUAAGAUCCUUGCUUAUGAGCUGGGUUCAGAUUUUUAGACAUAUAUCCAGUAAUCAUUGGCAAGGAUAAGUGUGAAGUUUAGUUGUAUAAACUUUUAAGCUUUUUUUUUUGGGGGGGGGGGUGGUUUAGAAAUAGAAUUAUUAUUGAAGAAAAUAUUUGCAAUAAACACCUUUUAGGGCUCAAUUUAUCAAGAUGCAAUGUACAGCAUAGCUUAUUCAGUUUUAAUUUAGUUUCUUUUGAUCAUAUAAUUGAAGCAAACUAAACCAAAAAUUAGACCCUGUGAGUUACACCGUACAUAUUAAUAUCAGUCUGACACACACAAGAUGGUCAUUGUUUUUAAUGAUGAUGGUUAUAUGUAAAUUACUUGCUGGUCCUUCUGAAGUAGGUAAUUAGGAAUGUAGCACUUUUAUUAAAUAAGUAAUCUACCUUUUUUUCUGAUCCACUUUUUAAAAGAAAUUCCUUGUCACUGUUAUAUAAUAAGGGUUCUUCCUAACAAUCUCUCUACUGUCCUUGCAUACUCCAUACUUCUUAGUAUGUCAACAUGUGUAUGAGAUGAAAAGUGCCUUCAGAUUUACAUGGUCCCCAAAAUUUAUUUAAAACAAUUCCCAGUCCCAUGUUCUAACCUUUUUCCACCUCACCUUGACUGUGAGACCUUGCACCUAUACCUUUAUGCUAUGUCAUUGUCUCUGUGGCUGUUUAUUUGGUAGUAUGUUUUGGUCUAAGCAUACCUUCUUUUUGAGUUUAUAUUUAUAUUUUAUUUAAAUUUUGUGUGGGGAAGUGAAUUAUAAAAUUUCACUUAUUUUUGUUAUCAUAUGGAUAGACUUGCACACAUUUUUUUCAUAUCAUUAGUUGUAAGGACUUUUUUUUAAAAACAUGAGUGUACUAUAAUUGUUUUGAAGUUAACAAAAUGAUGUUUUAAAAUAAUCAUGCCAAUCUUUGUGAAAGUAUUAUUAUGAUUCAUCCUUGACUUUGCCAUCAGUAUGGUAUUGAAGCUAUUGAAAACUUUUUAUUCUGAUUUUGCCUGUUUUCUUUCUGUGUGUGUCUCCCACUCUCUGUAUAUAUAUAUACACUUUAAAAUAAAUUAUUGUUGCAAGUACAGUUUUGCAUGAUGAAAAUCUUACCAAAUUUGUUGUAAUUUGAAAUUGUAAUUCUAAAAAUGUGUAGUUGCUAAAGAACUACUACUUGACA